AUGGGCACCAAAGUUAAAAGCAAAAUCCAACGUCUGCUUAAGCAGCUCGACCAAGAUGACGAGAGCUUACCAGGCGACAACGCAGCCGCCCUGCGGGUCACCUCGACGGAGGAGGAGGCGGAAGACCUAGCUGCGCUGGCUUCUGCUCGACGGGCUGCGGCUGCCAUCGAGCACACGCCCGGUCAUCUCACCAUCAGCAGCGUCGAUGCUGCAUCCGAGAGCACGGCCACGCUGAAUGGAAUCUCCACCGGCGACAGCCCGCCGGAAGAUUCCGAGUCCCUCGCACCAUCUCUAUCCUCUCUCGACACCACGCCUCUGCCACAGCGCCCUAAUCGAACGCCAAAUGGCCAUCGCAAAUCCUACAUGGCAGCAGGCCACGCGGAACGAGUUGCGGUGCUUGAACGCAAGGUCAUGUCGCUCAUGGCAGAGAACCGAAGCCUUCAUACGACCUUCUCGGAGGCUAUGGCUCGGAAGAAUGCCGAGGUUUCGGAGCUGCAGGCCCACCUAGCCGGCACCGUGAACGAGCUGUCUCUCCGGCAUCAGGAGCUGGAGGCGGCUGCGCCACUGUUGCGAAUGCGACUCGAGGACUUCCGCUCCCAGUUGUCAGACCUGCGAGUCCGGAUCGCGGUUCACGAGGUCCUCACGGAGUCCAAGUCGGAAGCGGCGACGCUGCACACCGCCCUGACAGCAGCUCGAGAAACGGCCGUGCGAGCUGAGGAGGCGGCGGCACGGGCGCGUGCAGAGGCGGCGCGCGCCGGCGCUGCUCUGGCGGAGCGAGAUAGUGACCUGGCGCUGCUGGAAUCGGCCAUGGUUUCGGCGCAACUGAGCGCUGCAAAGGGGGCCAUGUACGACGAGCUGCGAGCCAAGCUGGAUGCGACGGUGGCGGAAAAUCAGCGUUUGGCGGUCGUGGAGGCGACGUUUAAGAAGCUGGAGUCCCAGGCUGCUCAGGACCGGGCGACGGCCACGCAGAAGGAGCACACCUUUGAGAUGCUCAUGAUGGAUAAGGCCUACCUAACCAAGCAGGCAAGUACGGCCGCCCCGGAAACCCCCCCCUCCCCCCCUCUAGUGGACUUCCUGGCUGAUCAACAGCGCAAGCUAGAAGCGGAACUGGAGUUGCGAGAGAAGAAGAUCAACGAAUUGUCGAGACAGAAGAGUGAGAUGUUUGAGAAGCUGAUGACGGCGGAGACUCUCAAGGGGCGACAUGAGGACGUCCGAUUGCAAAAGGAGCUGGCGGCGCUGCAGGAGCGCACUCAUGCCGACUUGGAGAAGAUACGCGUGGAGACGGCGGAGGCGUACGAGCGGGAGGCCCGGUUGCUUCGUGAGCUGCGGGACUCCGCCCAGGAGGAGGCUCUCCGCGCCAAGGCGGCCCUGGCGGAGUUGCAGGCGCUGCACGAGAAGACGGGGCUAGCCCAUGCCGAGGUGGCCAGGCGACUGGAGCAGCAGGUGGUGGCGCUGCAAACGGAGCUGAAGCAGAAGACGUUUGAGCUCAGCCACUUUAAGGUAGUAGUGGCGGAGAAGGAGCAGCUGCUGGGACGGACCAACAUGCAGCUCUGUGCACUCUUGUCGCCCCCCGUCGACCUGGCCCUGCUCAGGCAGGAGCGCGAUGCGCUAUCCCGGGAGGUCCAGCACAUGAGUGGUCGACUGGCGGCGGCACACGACAUGCUGAGACUCGCCUCGCAGCCACAUGCCUUCCUGCUGGAGGAGUUGGAGGCGGUCAAGCUCCGAGCGACACAAGCGGAAAACAGGGUGGCGGCUCUGCAGGUUCCAUUGGGCUGCGAAAUGCUAGGUGGGAUGGGAUGCGAGUGUGGUCCACUACUUGCCCAGGGUGCUGUUGACUCAAUGGCCGUGGAGAAAAAGUACAUCACGAUGGAAAACAGACAGGUGGCCCUCACCGCUCGUAGCAACGAGGUGGAAGCGCUAACGGCCGAGCGCGACGCGCUGCGAUCAGACCUGGACGGUCUUCUUGCCCAACGUCAGGCACUGGAGGGUAUGAAGGCGGUGGUCGUCAAGGCGCUGGCGGGAGGUCUGCCGCAGGUGCAGCAAGCGGCGGCCAUGGCGGCGGCGGCGCGCAAGCCCGCGCCGGGGUUUAGCAGUACGACAAUCAUCGGGGAGGGUGGGUUGGCGCCGGCGCCGCCGUUGCCGACACCCAUGGAGCUUUCGCGGCGUCAAUCGCAGCAGCAGCAGCAGCAGCAGCGACGAUAGGCAUCGCCGCCUGAAGCUGAACAUUCAGAUAAACAUCCGAAUUCCUGAGGGGUCACCCCGCACAUAUGUGUGCGUGUGUGUUUACACCACAUAUGAUCCGUAAACUUAAAUGC